AACAUACCCCAACUCCACCUUCUACUAGUUCAAGAUCCAGCCAAGAAUAUACAAAAUGAGUGGUACCACCUCCUUCUCGGGUGCCCAAACCUCUUACAUCGAUAAAUCCUUAGUCCUAUCCACCCCUCCGGACUCUGAAUCCGAGGACACUUACGCAACGCGCAGCAAGUCACAACCCACAAGAAGGAUUCCCGAUCCUACCCCAACCGGAAGUUACUGGUCGCAUCAGCAAAGCAAUUCCGAGAAGCCCGCCGGCCCUCAGCCUGAGAGUUCAGCCACCAUCAAUCUGCAUCUUGGUGACGAUAACGAUGGUUGCGGUAUCAUGCAGAAUUCUUUCAAUACAACUAUUACUUACAGCGGAGAGAAAAUAUCUGAGAUUGAACGUGUCAUGGGAAGCGGGCCUCAAUUCAAAUCUCAGCCUACGAUAGUUGCUAGUGCUGGUAAACGCAACAAAAAUUCCAUCCAAUUUAGGGAUGUCGGAGCCACGCGUAUUAUUAUCAACGACGGCACAAAGGUCGAGGAUGCGCAUCAGAGGCAGAAGCGGAAAGGCCCUGACUCCAGCUAGAGCUCAGAAUUCUAUCCGCUAACUUAGCACCCAUGCAUAGACACCAUCGCCAACAUCCACCAAAGGCCCAUGUUUUACCGUUUUUCUUUCUUUCUUUUUUUUUUCGUUUUUGCAUUCUUUGCGCUUCAUGAUCUACCACGUCGCGCUCGUUUCAACCGCACAAUUCCCCUUCUACUCUCUCCUCAACUCGAAGAAACCUUUCGCACCAUUUUUGCAUAUGAUAGCAGCACUUUGUACUAUCAUACUUUUUUUUUGUCCUAUUAAUGGUGCCAUUUAUCUACCACUGUGACCGCCAUUUUAUAUAGUGACCGUUGUUGCUUCA